UUGGAUGUUUUUUUGCAUCUGGUACAGAAUGGACAACAGUGCCAAAGUGAGAUGCUGAAACUUGAACCUUGACUCAAAUUGUCACAAAAUUGGUGUUGAAAUGACGCCCAGACCUGCAAAUCUGUAGCGACAGAUUGCGCAGCCACAAUACAGAGGCGCUGUGCACCUAAACAAACAUUUGCCAAAGCUUUAUUUCUUUACAUAGCUUGGUUUAUCCACAGACAGUAAUUGGUAAGGAUACCACCUUUCUUGUUUGGACAGCAAUCGAGGGAAGAAGUUUCGUUGCAUGAAAGCAACUAAAAAGGGACUUGUUGACUUCGCAUCGAAGGUCUUGUCAGGAUAAGCGUGCAAACAUGGAAACCGGGAAAGCUAAAGAAGUGGAAAAGAGCGAGAAAGAAACAAUGAAGGACACACCGAAUGGCCUUGCAGAAUGGAAGCUCAGUUUUUUGCUGAGAUUUGCUGGACCAAAAUCGUUUUGUUUUGUUUUAUUCGUAGUUAUAUUCUGUCAGAGUAUGGCUACAAGUGGUAUGCUAACUGCUUCACUCCGUGACAUUGAAAAACAGUUCGGCUUUUCCAGCACACAGGCAGGUUUUAUUUUGGUUUCAAACGAUAUUGCAGCACUUUUGACAGUACCGGUGGUGUCAUUUUAUGGGGAGAGGGGCAAUAAACCAAAAUGGAUAGGUUUUGGAUCACUUUUAUGUGCAUUGGGUGCUAUUUGCACAGCCCUACCGAAGUUCAUUUCUGGUGAAUAUGUGCCACCAGGUGCCAAUUUAGCAUUGAGUCACAAUCAAACAUGCAUGAUAUCAAACACAACGACUGACUAUUGUAUCAAAGAUACGGCAAUAACAAAUAGUGGCCUGUACCUUAUUCUGUUCUCGGUGGCACAGAUGAUACUUGGGGUCGGUGCCACACCGCUAUUGACUCUCGGUGUUUCGUAUAUUGACGAAAAUGUCGAUCCAAGUCAUUCUCCAGUCUACAUGGGUUUGAUAUAUUGCGCAACCUUUGUUGGCAGUACUUUUGGUCUCAUUAUCACUGGAUUUUUCCUAAAAACCUUUGUGGAGCUUGAGCUGCCCCCUGGAUUUGACAUAAAUGUGACUGACCAGCGCUGGAUUGGUGCCUGGUGGCUUGGUUUCGUCUGCAUCUCCAUCGUUAUAUUUGUCUUCUCGUUAAUGGUGUUCCCGUUUCCAAGAAGUCUUCCAGGAGCAUCAGCGAAACGGAAAGAGGCCAUUGCAAAGGGCUUGAUUACAGCUGAUGACGAACAUAUAGAGGCGAACGUCAAGGGUUUCGUCAUUGCAACAAAGCAACUUAUUAAGAAUAAAGUGUACAUUUUUGCGGUUGGCGCUGUCACAGCCAAUACAGUGUUUGGAGCUGGGUUCGGAUCUUCGUUUCCAAAAUUUCUAAUUCUUAAGUUUGGUGCAUCCACAGAUAUUGCUGGUAUUGCCUCUGGUGCAGCUAUAAUGCCUGCAAUGCUUCUGGGAAUCAUGGCUGGCUCUGUGAUCAUGCGCAAAAUGCCACUGCAAGAUUCGAUUCGAAAAGCUGCCAGGUUCUGCACAGUGAUGUCAUUUGUGCUCAGCUGCUUUGGGGCAGUGUUUAUGAUACCAGGAUGCCGAGAGCCUGAAAUAGUUGGAGCCGUGUUGCCGUAUCAAAAUGGAUCUUCCCUAUCUUUGAAUGCAAGAUGCAAUAUAGCAUGUGACUGUGAUCGCUCCGUGUACAAUCCAGGGUGUGGAAGUGAUGGAAAGACAUAUUUCUCCCCUUGCUACGCUGGAUGUCUAUCAAAGUCAAGCAGCCAGGUUUACGGAAAUUGCAGUUGCGUUGCAGCCGGAAGCAGAGUCCACAAUAUCCAAGGCUCUUUAUCAAUGGGAGAAUGUAACAGAGAUUGCAAGAAUCUAUACUUCUUUCUGGCUGGUGUAUGUCUUGUUGGUGCAUUAGCUUUUCUGAAGGCCACGCCCCAUAAGAUGUUAAUUCUAAGAGCGGUUCCUGACAACCAACGAUCAUAUGCCCUUGGAAUCCAACUUCUGAUUGUGCGUCUACUGGGGUUCAUACCAAGUCCAGUUUUAAUCGGGGUUGUUAUCGACUCAAACUGCAUCCUUUGGUCAAAGACGGUCUGUGGCAAACAGGCAAGCUGUCUUGCAUAUCAAAACUACCAGUUCUCAGUAAAUGUAGCCAUUUUUUGUGUAGCUACCUCAGUGGUUUCCCUGCUUGGAUAUGGCUUGGCGUGGUAUUUUUGCAGAAAUUCAGAUAAUACCGACGUUGAAAAUGCAUUAGACUUGUCAGCAGAAGAAAUCGCUGCUUCCAAUGAGACCAUAGCAACAACUUUAUAAUAUCGUAUUCUGAGUGGUUUAGACAAAACCGAAUGCUCAAAGGGUUAGUGCCUUAAAGUCGAACUUGCAUUUAACAUUUAACUGUUCACUUUUUGGGAAUAAUAGUUUGGUGUUCCGUAGAUACAUUUAUCUAAAUCUUUCUGUUCAUUUGUUAAACAUUCCACUUUUUAACAUUGAUAGCUACAUUAUAACAAAAGAAAAUCUUAAAAAUAAUGAAUCAAUCUUAUUACUACCUUUAUUUAACAUCGUAGACAAUCGUUUCUAAAUUUAAGAAAAAGUGACAAACAAGAAGUUCUGAACACGCCAAAAUUGACUCACAGGCUCUUCUGAGACAGGACAUCACAUCGUAGGGAAUGUGGAUUCGUUCGAUUUUUUCGCAAAAUUUAAAGAGUUUUUAAACAGGUUGUGGCAUAUUGCUUUGUCAGAUGUUUGUAAAUAGGUUUUUAACAUACGAAUUUAACAUAAUCUUACUCGUAUGAUUUAGUGCAUUUUAAAAAUGUCAAUAUUUUAAACCGGCCUUUUCAUAUAUAUGCAGUCUGUGGUAAUUUUGAAUACAUGACAUCGUCUCGAUCGAAGGUCAAUGAAUAAGUUCGUAAAAAUAAGUAAGUUCGUUUUAUGAAGAGAGUUUGUAUUCUUUUGGAUAUGAAAACUGUCUUUUAUUGUAACAAAAAAGGUCAGCAAGUGAUGCAAAAUUGUUAUUUCCCAUAUUUUAUUACAU